UGGAGCCCCCAGCUAAGGAGGGCGACGGGUCGGGCGGGUGGGGAAACACCGCAAAACUCUCCAGGAGGCACCUCCGACCCUAAACCCUCAGAUCCCGCCUCCCCGCCGCCGGCCGGUUGCUAAGUGACGCCAGCGCGCAGAGGCGCGUGCGCGGCCACGGCGGUGUGCGUGAGGGCGGAGGCGCGCCGCGGCGGCGGCGGCUGCGGCGGCGAGGACGGCGGCGACGACGGCGGCCGAGGGGGCGGUGGCUACAAGGGGCGUGCGGAGCAGGCGGAAGAGGCGUCCGCACGGGCGGCUAGGUCGCAGAGGAUCAUCGUUGGGAUCAACGACUAUCACCUGUUCUACAAGAUGAGUAACAGCCACCCUCUUCGCCCCUUUACUGCAGUGGGGGAAAUUGAUCACGUGCACAUUUUGUCUGAACAUAUUGGUGCCUUGCUGAUUGGGGAAGAAUAUGGCGACGUCACAUUCGUUGUGGAAAAGAAACGUUUUCCUGCCCACAGGGUAAUUUUAGCAGCGAGGUGCCAAUAUUUUCGAGCAUUACUGUAUGGUGGGAUGCGAGAAUCUCAGCCCGAAGCAGAAAUCCCUCUCCAAGACACCACCGCAGAAGCAUUCACCAUGCUGCUUAAAUACAUCUACACUGGGCGGGCAACACUGACAGAUGAGAAGGAGGAGGUGUUGCUGGACUUUCUGAGCCUGGCUCAUAAAUAUGGAUUUCCAGAGCUGGAGGAUUCUACCUCUGAGUAUCUCUGCACCAUACUUAACAUUCAGAAUGUCUGCAUGACUUUUGAUGUUGCCAGCCUCUACUCACUUCCCAAGUUAACUUGCAUGUGCUGCAUGUUUAUGGACAGAAAUGCUCAGGAGGUGCUCUCCAGUGAAGGCUUCCUCUCCCUUUCUAAGACAGCACUUUUAAACAUCGUAUUAAGAGAUUCAUUUGCAGCUCCCGAGAAAGAUAUUUUCCUAGCCUUGUUAAAUUGGUGUAAGCACAAUUCAAAGGAGAAUCAUGCUGAAAUCAUGCAGGCUGUGCGUUUGCCUCUGAUGAGCCUCACUGAACUUCUGAACGUUGUGAGGCCUUCAGGACUGUUGUCUCCCGAUGCCAUUCUGGAUGCUAUUAAAGUUCGAUCAGAGAGCCGGGAUAUGGACCUCAAUUACAGAGGCAUGCUCAUCCCAGAAGAAAAUAUUGCAACCAUGAAGUAUGGAGCCCAGGUUGUAAAAGGGGAGCUGAAGUCUGCCUUAUUAGAUGGCGAUACUCAAAACUACGAUUUGGAUCAUGGAUUUUCCAGGCACCCAAUUGAUGAUGACUGCCGUUCUGGCAUUGAGAUUAAGUUAGGUCAGCCAUCUAUCAUCAAUCACAUACGGAUACUCCUGUGGGACCGAGAUAGCCGGUCUUACUCAUACUUCAUUGAGGUGUCAAUGGAUGAACUUGAUUGGAUUAGAGUGAUUGACCAUUCGCAGUAUCUAUGUCGUUCUUGGCAAAAGUUGUAUUUUCCAGCCCGUGUCUGCAGGUAUAUUCGAAUAGUUGGGACUCACAACACAGUGAACAAGAUUUUUCACAUUGUGGCUUUUGAAUGUAUGUUUACAAACAAAACCUUCACUCUUGAGAAGGGGCUGAUAGUUCCCAUGGAGAACGUUGCAACAAUUGCGGAUUGCGCCAGUGUGAUUGAAGGAGUCAGUCGGAGCCGAAAUGCCUUGCUGAACGGCGACACCAAGAAUUACGACUGGGAUUCCGGCUAUACGUGUCACCAGCUAGGAAGUGGUGCGAUUGUGGUUCAGCUGGCACAGCCGUACAUGAUUGGGUCAAUACGGUUACUACUUUGGGACUGUGAUGAUCGAAGCUACAGCUACUAUGUUGAGGUCUCCACCAACCAGCAACAGUGGACCAUGGUGGCCGACAGAACGAAAGUCUCCUGCAAGUCCUGGCAGUCUGUAACUUUUGAGAGACAGCCCGCCUCCUUCAUCCGAAUUGUGGGAACACACAACACAGCAAAUGAGGUGUUCCACUGCGUCCACUUUGAGUGUCCGGAGCAGCAGAGCAGCCAGAAGGAGGAAAGCAGCGAGGAGUCAGGGCCUGGGGAGCCCAGCCUGGCGGGUCCGCAGCUCGACCCCCACGCCCUGCAGGCCCCUGGGGGCAGCUCCCUGCCUUCCAGCCCCGGCUCUGCCUCUCGCUCGCCCAACCGGCAACACCAGUAAAGGGGGCGCGGACAUGGAGGCAUGCGGUGGGCCCUGAGGGCAGGGGCCAGGACUGGCAUCCUCCCGGGAGGGAUCUCUGUCGCCAGGCCCUCUCCCCUCCUGGGAGGAGCAGACGGCGCUGGCAAAACAGACACAGGACAGGCUUUCUCCCAAGGACAGAAAGGGGCCACUUUGUUCUCCUCUCAAUUUGUUCAAAUCAGGCUGGUCUCCAGGGGGAGAAAAUAGGUCUUCAAUCUUCAUCAAGUCCACCACUAACACCCUACCUCUCUAAUCUAACCCGGGCAAAGAGGCCACGGUGGACGGGCCGGUGUCGGAAUGCUGUGAUGGCACCAAGCUCAGGAGAACCCAUCAGGCCUUUAUUACCUCCGGGCACCCUUUAGGAAGUGGGUUUCCGUAGAGUGUUUACUCUUCUGGAACACAUUGCCCUGGCAACUAAAUGAUUUUUUCUUUCUUUUAGUUAUUGUCCAUUUGCUGAAUCAUAGGUGUUCCAGAUCUUUUUGAAAUGCUCAAACAGCAAAUCACUUGUUUUAUUCCCUUUUGAUGCUGUAAUUUUCCUUCUUUAGUUUUGAACGGUUAGGCCUGGGGUGGAGCGGAGAAAGGCUGUGCACAGCUCCUGAAUGAGGCACAGAUGCAGCUCGUCAUGGCACCGGGGCUGACAAGGAAAAUCUUCUGAGGAAGUUAAAAAAAAAUACACAAUGAGCAAAUCAAUCCGAGGACACUGGAGUUAAUAAUCACUCGAAUUCCUGAGUUAUUAACCUGUCAUUCCUGAAACGUACCCAGCCUUUAAGCUUGGGAGGCUGACAAGGAAAUGGUUAUUUUUGCCACCUGCUAAUUUCCUGUUCCUGAGUCUGUAAAUGUAUCUGUAAGUCCGCAGCAGCUUCCAGUAGGGCUGAGCCCGCCCCUGAAUCACCACCAGUUAGCCGGGCCGUGGGGACAGUAGGCCCCUGGGCCGGCAAGUGUCAGCAGCGUGCUCCUGGGGCUUUGCAGGGUGGUCAUGGCGGUUCAGUCUUCGCUGUGUUUCAUCCCCAAACCUGACUACCCGGCCAAGGUUGAGAAGAAAAAGUAGUUCUAAGAAGCUUUUCUCCUCAUCCUCAUGGAGCUGAUCUCUGACUGCCGCGGCCUGAUGGGGCUGUGCUCCCUCUCCUUCCUUAGUGCUUUCCAGCCCGGCGCUAACUACCCUUUGUAACGUGCUCAGCCUGCUGUCUGGGGUUCGCUCACCUCCGGAGCCCCGCCAGGCUGAGCACCGCGGUCCCCUGGCCCCCCCAGACGCAGGCCCAGGUCCUCUGCAUACCCUGUGACCCCCACUUGGAGGAGGGUGGGCUUACAGGGGGUUCCUUUUGGGGUCUUAACGCUCACUGGUUGCGGGUGGACACAGAGCCCCUCUAAGUAAAUGCUCUCGCCAGUGUAGCUUGGUCUUGAGUUAUCUCUCACUAUGGGAACAACAGCGGGGCAUCAAACCAUAGGAUUAAACCGGAAGGUGGGCUUUCUGUUUGAACAGGAGCAGAAGGAGAUAGUGGGGGAGGGAGGUGCAGGGUGAGGAGCCACAGCACCGCCCAUCAGCUCAGCUCGCUCAUCUCACCCCUUCCCCACUGUGUAGGGCAAUUGGAACCCCUGAGGGGUGCCAGGCAUCUCACAGGAGACGGGAGGCUCCCAUGACAGAUGGCAGUGCCACUCGCUCGCCAUGGGUGGCCGCGCUGUAUGACUUGGCCACUGCCGUUGUCAGCAUCCAGGACGCGGUCACCAAUUAGCAGGAAGAAUUCCUGUCCACUCGGCACUUCCUUACACAGUGCAGUCAUUACCCAGCAGGGAACAGAAGGAGCCAAGAAGCCAGCGAGUGCAGAGUUCAGACGCCUGGAAAGUCUCCAUUCAAGGGUUUCUUUUUAAACUUUGAGGUCAUCUGUCCAGAGAUGAGUCCCUGGGCUUGGCUGGCACUGCUGACCUGGGAAGAGGUGAGUGGGCUGGUGAGGACCUGGAAGUUCCAGUCCUCUACCUCCAGACCGUUGGUCCCACGGGCCCACCGCACACGCCACCAGGCCAGGUCUGGCAGCUCCGUGUCACAUCGAAGAGGCACAGGCCGAGAAGCUUCUGCACCAGACCCACAUGUGGGUGCCUCCUGGCCAGCAGCUGGCUGCCUCUUCCUCUCCCCUGUGGAUCCCUUUCCUCGGCUCUCCUUGCACAUACUUGCCCUGAGGGCUCCCAUCAGGGGAUGGGAGUUUGUCAGAUAAAGAAAGGAAGGGGAAGAUGAGGUGGUGGCACUGGCCUGCGGCAGCAGGGAGGACAGGGACAUGGCCUCCUUCCCACCCCACAGCUGUGGCCAUCAGGUCCCCGCACUCGUGUCUCCUGGGCCUGGCGGGAGGCCUCGCUUGCAUGGAGGCCCACUCUAGAUCCCAGGCAGACACCAAGGAAGCUCCGAGAAGCUGCUCUGGUCUACCUCCUGUUACCAGGCCAGUGGGCUCUGCCUUCCAUGAUGGGCCUUUUAAUUUGGGAAGCAGGGGAGGUGGGGGGCUCUUUCUGCAAACCCAGUCAAACUGUGGGGCCCCAGACAGACACGGCUCUCCAGAACCCUGGCUGGUCCUGUGGAGGACUCCUCCCUGCUGCCAGCUAGACCAAAAUGGCCCCCACACUUGAAGAGACCAACAGAGCUAAAUGGGAGUGCAGGUGAGACAGCCCGGCCCACAGUCGGGCGGGGUCCCAGAUGCCUGGAGGGUCCUCGACCCAGCGGAGGGUGGAUGCUGUUCCCCUGUGAAGUGUGAGGAAGGAGUCACAGCCGAGUCACGCGGGGCCGGGGCACAUGAGGGCCCCUGCCCUAUGCGGGUACAGACUGCAUGGUCUGAGGAGAGGUCAGGCGAAGCCUGGCCCUCUGUGGGGACCGAUAGCUGGGUGCUGGUGGCCUCUGGCCCAUUAUUGUGAUGCUUCUCAGUUACUGUGAAACAACACCCUCGCAACCACCAUCCAGGUCAGGAAACAGAACAUGGCCAGACCCCCUGCCCUUGCCUAAAGGCCAUGAUUUUGGGGAGAGUAAGAAUCCACCGCACUGGGGCUUUGGGGGAUAGCCUUCGCCUCCUGACAGCUGCUGGGAGGGCCGGCUGGGGUGACACUGGGCACCGCAGGUGGGGCCUGCAUCCACUGUCCGCGUGCUCACGGGGCUGGCGGCCUACUCGUCAGAUCCAGCACUGCCGAUCUGAAGCAGGGUAAUAGUAUGACAGGCGCGCCCACACGCACACACUUGUUUUCCCAUAUUCUCAGUGCUUUUUCCUGUUUCACUUCCGACUUUCGUUAGAACCAUGAGCUUGUGAUGGAUGUGGGACUCUUCUCAACUGCUCUUUAAAUUGUCACUUUUUAAUCUUAUUAAAUGAAGUGUCGAUUCCUGACAAAUACAUUAAAAGUGUUUUAUUCCUAGAAGAGUUAGGAAAAGAAAUUAUUUUCAGCAAGAGUGGGAUGUGUUUGUUAGACUGAUUCCUUGGCCCAAAAAAAAAUUUUUUUUGAAUUGUGCAGAAAUUGCUCAGUAGUUAUGCUGUCGCCCCAAUUGUCAAAUUGCUGUGCAAAUGGCUCCAACCCAGUCAACUUCACCCUUUUUUUUUUUUUUAGAAGAUAACAAAAUUGUAAUCACUUAUUCUUCCUAGAGACUUAGAAGAAAAAGAAGGUAUAAUCUGCAACAGAAAGCAGAGCAUCCUGUGUGCCGAGGGUCACUUGGGAAAAAAGAGAGGGAGCGAACCCCAUUGCGGGCUUCAAUUAAGAACCUUCCUUUGGACAAGUUAGAAUGGUGUCAAAAGAGGGAAAGAAAAUGAAAUGUGUCUCCUUCCAGGAGUUUCUCCUCAUUAGCGCUGUCUUUCAGGUGUGCCCGUGUCAACUCUGCCUCCUGCGCAGGUGCCCUCCUCUCAAGGCCAAAGGCCGGGAGGCGCUGGGCAGGGCGGCCACUGUCAGUGUGGGCACGGCGGGCGAGGGCCAGGCUCCCUGUUUCCACCGCUCCAGCCAUCGAUUCUGUGUGUUUGUCCUGACAAGGGCUCCAGCAGGAGUUCAGUGCUCAUUAGUGGCCCGAGGAAUUUAAAAUGCGGCUCAUGGUUCUGUACCACUAUGGUUUUUAUUAUGAUAAUAUUAAAUUAGAAGUCAUCUGGGUGCCUGGUGUUUGCUCAGGACUUUCUGGAAAAGGGGAAGGGAACGGUUUAGAUGGCAUGGAGGGCAACUAGGACGCUCUGUUUCUCUUCCUCAGAGUGGACCAGCCAGCCUAAUUACCGAACGGGAUGAGGGAAUGCGUGGGCAGGGUGGUGAGAAGGGCUUGCUUGGAGGAUGGACCCGCUUCCCAUUUGCCUCAGCCCUGGCUAGCCCUGUGCAGUGUCGUGGGGAGGAAACUGGACAUGGUGACUCUGCAGAUUUCCAUCAGACUGGCUGGGGGGCCGUGCUUCUCCUCCCUCUGCAUAUGUGGGAGCUGCUCAGACGACUGCGAGCUCCUCCAUGGGGACCGCCCCCCAGGUCCCUUCAGGCAGGACUUCCCGUUGGAAUGCGGCCUGGGACCUACCUCCGUCGCAGGGGUGUGGCGUGGAGCAGGUGCACAGACCAGCUUCCCAUCCCACACACUUUGAAUAUCCCGGUCUCUUAAAUUACUCGUUAAAAAAUAUAGUAAAGUAGUAAUGCUCUUGGGAUAAUAUUCCAACCUAGCAGGAGAGACAAAGGUGCCCUCAUUCUCAUCUGGUUCUGAGUCAAUCUUGACUUGGGCCAGGUCAUUUUCUCUGUGAUCGACUCCUUGCGCGGGGCGAUAGUGCCCCCUUACCCCUGCCCCUCAGUCCUCCUUCCCAGCAUCCGGCCCCUCCCAGACAAAAGCCAGAUUGUGAAAGGGGCCCUCCCAUCCCAUCAGGUUAGUUUUUUUUUUUUUUUUUUUUUCAAAGAACUUAAAUAUUACCCAAGGGGCCUCAUGGCCUGAAGAUUCACAAUCAUCCACCUAUAAUUUAUGGUAAGUGUCUCGAGCAUUUACCAUUUGCAUCCUGAGUAUUUAUAGCCCUGAGCCAGGAGCCGUGGGAGGAGGAGGAGAAGGCCUCCACCUGCCUCCACCACUGUCUUCUGUUCGGCUGUCCCUGCAGCUGGGACAGCUGAGGAAUGCCACCUCCAAGAGCUAGUGCAGGGGGGCUCCAUCACGCCUAGAGCUGAGAAGCACCAGCUCUGCCCAGAGAACAGCUAGUGCUACUCUGAGCAGAGGAAAGAUGGGCAAGGGUCUGAGAGACUUCUAGGGAGGGGAUCUGGGUUCUGGGGCUUGGGUUUCUGUGGAUGCCCUGGGAACACCAGUGUCACUACUUCCGUCCACCCAUCCGUCACCAAAUAUUCACGUCCUGUCACAUGAGCCCCAGGGUUUGUGGCCCAAGACAGGGUGCGGGGGCAGGCUGGUCCUCCCAUGGCUGCUUCCAGCCCCAUGUUCCAGGUCACUCCUCACCCACAUCUCCGUUCUCCAGGGCCCCGGUCCCAACUUCUGUAACAGUUGUUCCCUCUAAGACCUGCCCCAGGCUGUGGGGUUUCGCCAUCCACAGGGCCAGGCACCUCCGGUGAAUUGGGAGAAGCUGGCAGGCAAGAUCAGCGGGGGCCCUGGGCCAGGCCUACUGUGGCCUGGAGGAACAAGCACUGGGCCGUUACCCAAGGGCCUUGGGGCCCAGCCUCUCCCUGCCUUGCCCUCCCACAGGACAGCUCAGUCCUCAGAGCUCCCUUCUGAGAGGCAGCGGCCACUCUGAGGAACACCCAGAAAUCUCCCUUUAACUCAGGUCCUGAGGCCACCCCAACCCCAGCUCCUGGGAAAGCUGGAGGGGAGGUGGGCCUCACGCUCAGCCUCCAGAGGGGGGUGUGGAGAGGGUAACAGGAGUGCCUCAGGGUUGCUGUGUGGCCUGACCCACGAGCCACUCUUGCCAGACUUGUGUGUACCCUGAAUUUACUGGAGAACACCAGCCUCCUCUGCCUUGGGGUUUCUGGGCUGUGCUGUUCUCUCGCUCUCAGUGCCCUGUUUUUGCUGGGGGCCCCACAUGGCAGGACGCUGGCAAGUGCAUGUGAACCCCGGACUACGACCCCACACGACUGCACUUGGCCGCCUCGGACCUUGGCCUCGCACUGAGCUCGUUGCCUAGAACAGCCUGGGAUGGGUAGGCAUGUGUUUUCUUUUCUGACCCUGCACUCAGGACUCAGCAUUUCUCUUUGAGGACGUCCAUCCGGUGGUGUUAGUGGAGUGCUGUCAAGGCCGUUUUGAAACUGGAUUUAGGCACUGUCGUGUGAGCAAACCCUCUUAGUUUUGCUCCUCUAGAACAGACUGCAUUUCCAACGAUUCCUGGAUGUGCUGAACAAGACAAAAACCAAAUCCAGAGAGACUGGGCUUCACAACGCAGCUGCUCCUGGGUCCCCUCAGGCUGUAACCAUCACCCAGCCCGGGCCCUUUUCUCCAUACUGGGGACGUAGCAAUGACCAACGAGCACAGAACAACAGGCCCGUGUCCUGCCUUCAUGGCCCUUAACUGGCUGAGGAGGAUGACAGACGACAGACAAUAUCCAUGAGUCUGUGUGUGGCUCACGCCCAGGUGCUCAUGGGAAGGAGAGGACUAGAAGCGAAACCAGGAAGGGGCUAGCUGGGCAAAGCCCUAGGGAUAAGGGAGAGACUGAGGCCCUCCAGGGAGACCUUUCCAGGAGGAGGAGGAGCGGAGGGGAGGGCCCUGCUUUGCUGGGGGCUGGUGUGGUGUAGCCUGGUGGGGCAGGGGAGGGAGCAAGGCCCAGGGUGACGGGCCUGGGGGGCAGGGGAGGAUCCCAGGAUCCUUAGAAAACACUGGGCUCUUGUCCAAGUGACAUGGGAGCCAGUGAAAGGUUCUAAGCAGAGGAGAGCCCUGGUCUAACUCACACUGUUGUCGGGCUCCCUGGCUGCCCUGACUGGGGAAUUCCUGCUGGGAGAAGGGGUGGGAGCAGGAGGGGCGAGGGCUGUUGCAGAAAUCCAGGGAGAGAUGGUGCUGCCUGGACCAGGCGAGCUCCAGGGGCUGUGCAGGCAGGGUCGACAGGAUGUGGGGGUGGGUGCCGUGAGAGAAGCGGCAGGGUCAAGGUCAACUCCAAAGGGGGUCACCUUCCCAGAACUAGGGAUAGGGCAGGCAGCUGAGGACACACGGGAUUGGUCCAGAGAGAAGGCAAGGAAGCUCGACAAACACAAACCCUAACAAGUUCUUAAGAAAAACAAUACAGAGUGUACAAGGUGGCCCAGUUCCUACUGGUCAGUCUGUGAUGGAGAAGCAGCUACCUCUCACUUAUCCUAGCCCUAAAGGUGAUGACUUAUUCUGGUACAGCAGCUCAGCAAAAGUUAGGGGUUGAACUGCUUUACCGCAGAGAGUAUCGGUUUGCAGGAAAUACUCAGGAUUGUAUUAUUACAGGAACCAGGACAUGUCAGGAUGGCCAUGUUCAUUUCAGCUUAGCUCAGGGGAUAAACUGCCUGGGUUUCUGGUUUUGUUUUCUGAGCAUGGUGUGGAAAGUCUGUCAUGGUUGUACCAGGUUUUUCUUCUACGAGUUUGAGAGGGGUCCUGGAAACAGUCCACAGACCACAAUAUAUAACAAUCCCCUGGAACGUGAUGGAACGCCAGGCCUCCACCCACGCCCACAGAUCCUGACUCCGGCCGGGAUGGCCCAGGGAUCUGCAUUGUCAGGCGCCCCACAGCUUUGGCCCUGACAACCCACCCGGGCCUGCAGGUACACGGACCUAGAGGUGCGAGCAGCUGGGACCCCAGCCCGGAGCUGAGGGCUGCCGAGAGUCCCAAGGUCCCCACAGUGUUAUGGAGCUGGGCUGCGAUCACCAGCAGGGCAGAGACUGGUGCUGGGCUGAGCCCUGGAGCCCCAGCAGGCAGAGCCUGGGGACGUGAGAGCAAAGGUGGCUGAGGGACCAAGAGGCCCUGUGCCUGAACACCUGAUGGGUACAGCCUACAAGGAGGGCAGUAUCAGUGGGGCCCAUGCCCCAAAUGGUUCAAGAAGAGAAGAGGGCUGAGGACGCAGGGGACUUAGGGGGCGCCUGAUUCGGGUGGAAUCUGGUUUUCUGGAAUUGACCACCUCUGAGACAGUACCUGAGGCUGGCUGUGAACUCAUGUGGGUACCUGGGAUCCUCACUUUCCCUUCUCAGUGUUUCCAAUCCUCCUAACACACUCUAUUUCCAUUUUACCGGACUUCAAGGAUAGCAUUCGCCUGCCUCUGAGGGUCUUAGCUUUUCUUCCGUUGACAAGAUUUUUUCCACCAGCGACCAAUGGUUAUCUUAUAAUACCUGUACCCAGGAUACGCUUGCCCAGGACUUGGAAGGAUCAACCCUUCCAAAGUGACUACACAUUUUCAGUCCCUUCACAUGUCUGUCUGGGACUGCCAAAUUUCCAGUAUAUUCUACUUGUUUCACCUAUUUAAAUUUUGAAGACCUUGGACUCUAAAUUCAAGAUAGCGGACAGCUAGUUUGGAGGUGCCUUGACUGAAAUGUAACAUGUCCAGUAAGAAAAAAUGAGCAAACACUGCCUUCCCCUCCCUCUCUCUAAAUCAUAAGCAAUGACCAAAAAGAGGGAGAGUUUGCAAAUAAAAAUGACCAGAGUGGAAAAUAAGGUGGUGAUGCCAGAAACUCAGGAAAUGGUGAAAGAUAAGCAACACAGGGACCGCCUCCAACCACGGAGAGCUUGCUCUGACACUGACACACACAUGGCACAGGGCAGACCGAGCACCCACACGCCAGUUCCUAAGGUGGUUUGCGUCUCUGCUGGUGCAUCCUACAUGUAGCAGAGGCGAGGGGGGCGCUGCGCGGGGGCCUUAUUCGGGGCCCACCCAGCACCCAGAACAGCAGAUGGUGCCCCUCCAGAGGACAAUGAGGAUGAAACAAGCCCGUAGGCCACAGGCUCCUGGGACAGCAGUGGGCACGUGGUAGGCGUGAUUCCACUGGCCUAAAGCCGGGGCCCUUUCUGUCUGUACUUCCGUUGCUCCAGGAAGAGUCCUAAGCCCCAUGUCACCCUCAGGCACUUUCCCACAGGCCCCGGCUCCUCUGUCCACGGCCUCCUUGGCACUCCCUGCGAUACUCCUCAGUGCCCUUUGGACACGUGCUCUUCAGAGCAUCUGAGCUGCGGCCUGUGAGCACAUCCGACUCGGGGGUGUGGUGCUUUGGGGGAUGGGCAGGCCCUGGGGCAAACUGCUGACCUUGUGCAGCUGUGGGGAAACCCCAGCAGGUGGAACAGGCCCUAGCCAGGUGGACCCUGGAGAGCAACAGGAGACACCGGGCAGCAAUGCUCCAGACCUGGAGACCGCACGGAUCCGCGGAGGCCUUGGCUCUUCUCUCCUUCAUCAGUUCCUACACAAUGUGAUGUGCCACCUUGGUAACCUCUUUUCCCAGUAAUACUCCCUGGCCCUGGAGUCACUCUUCUCUCACUUUUUUGAAUGCUGGCUGGCUCUAAUCCUUGGUGAAUGCCCACCAGCCAGAACUGUCCUGACCACAACGGGCUCUAAGAUGGCAAGUUCCUCUGUCCCAAGGCCCUGGUUCCUCCACAUUUGGGUCUUCCACCUGUUCAGACCCCCCCCCCAGGAGGGGCAACCCCUGUCCUGCAUCCCGCAUCUCCAUCCACAGCAGUGACCUGCUGCCCAGGAGCAAGGCCGGGGUGACUGGGGACUGUGCCAGUGGCCUCGAGGUAUCCUCAGGAGCAGCUGAAAUAAGUCAACACCUCACCACGUGUGUCACCUGGCUCCCAUAAGCCCUGCAGUCAGGAGUGGCCAUGCCACCACGUCCCUCCCAAGUCUCUGUCAUCCCCACGCCACAGGCUCUGGGGCACAUGACCCGGAAGUGCUGUCUCCAGGGUCGGGUUGACAGCUGGAGCAUUACUGAUUCAGAUGUGUUUUUCUGUUUCCAUCAAGGGUCCACCUCAGCUAGGGGCUGCUAGCCAACACCUGAAAGCCUGAGAGCUGCCGGGUGAGUGGUAAAAUUUUCCACCUUCCCCAGCAAAGGCCCAGGCCAAAGGGAGUAGGUCCCUUGGCAGAGAGGCACUUGGGAAAGGCCCAGCUGGACAAGAAAGGUGUCCUGCCUCCAGGCCAGGGCUGCCAUCCCCUGCUGCUGGGGCUGACCAGGUGGAGGGUGCCAGAAGGACCAGGUUAGGUCACUGCUGAGGAUCUCAACGAAGGUACCAGAAUCCCCUGCUUCAUCAGCACCUGCCUGAGUCCGUCAGCAUGGGUGCCGUCACCCCCAACCUAACACCCCACCCCCCACCCCAACUGCUGUCUGGCCCACUGUCCUCUGCUGUCCUUGCCUGGCACGAUGACUUCUGGGACCUCGCACCCUCCCAGAACCUGGAUGGCUCAACCCCACUUGCAGUCAUGAUGCCCAGGGGGCUGAGUGCUCCCUGCCAGAUGUCACCUGUUCGCAUCACAUCAUUGCAGGCCCGCCGUCCCUGGAGUUAAUGGCCUAAAACAAGUUAUUUUGUUCACAGAUCCGUAGUUUAGUCAGGGCUCUGUGGAGACCGUCCAUCUCUGCUCCCCUUGGUGUUGUCCGGGUCAGCCAGGAGGCUGGACCAGGUCCCCUGAAGACUCAUUCACUCCCAGUGGGCUUGGUGAGUGCCUUAGGGACGCAGGCAGCUGGGCUGCUGGGCUUCUCUCUCUCAUUCUGGGCUCUCCACAUGGUCUCGCCAGUGUGAGGCUUCUGGGUAGCCAAACUUUUUUUUAAUUGAAAUGAGAACAGAAAAUCCACUCUCUUAAACAAACAACUCAGUGGCAUUUAGGACAUCUGCGAUGUUGUGCAAAGAGCUCCUCUGUCUGGGUCUAGAACAUUUUUGUCACCCAAAAAGGAAACCCACCCCCAAGCAGCAGUCAGUCCCCACUGUCCUCUCCCCAUGACCCCUCGUGAUCUGCUUUCCAUCUCUGUGGCUCUGCCCAUUCUGACAUUUCCCUUCAAUGGAAUCCUAUCCUGUGUGACCUGUGACUGGCUGGUUGGACUCAGCCUCAUGUUUUUGAGGUUUAUCUACACUGCAGCAUGUGUAUUUGAUUUCUUUUCCUGGCCGAAUUCUAGGACUACACCCCCAUUUUGUUUAUGGUUCCAUCCCCUGGUGGAUGCCUAGGUAGUUCCCACCUCCGGGAUGCUGUGAACGGAGCGACUGUGAACAUGUCUGUACGCACACGAGUGGCUGCUUUCAAGUCUUUGGGUGGAUUCCAAGCAGUGGAACUGCCGGCAUAUGGUAAUUCCAGGUAACCUUUUGGGGAGCCCCAAACUGCUUUCUGCACUGACCACAUCACUGCACAUUCCCCCCCAGCAAUGUACAGAGGUCCAAAUGGUUUCCCCAUGCUUGCCAACAUACUUUCCAGUUUUGGAUCAUCACAUGUCAGCCCUGGGAUGCCGAGGUACACGGUGGGAGUGAGCCGUCAGAGCUUUUCUCCUGUGCCUUUCAGAUCUAGCUCAGAGCCGAACUAUCGCGCCUGCUGUGUGCUCAUUGUUGGAAGAGCCAGCAAGCAGCCAAAGCCCACACCUUUUGAGGGAAAGGCCUCCAGUCUUUAAUGGGAGGAGUGUCAAAGAAUUUAGGGGCCAGUUUUAAGUCACAAGAUCUUCAUGACAUUUCUCAGAGGGCCCAGGAACACAGACCAGCACACCGCUCCGUCAUCGAGAGAGUCUACCAGUGGAGCCAAGUGGGCCCUGCUACGGAGCCCACUCACAUGCAGACUCCAGCCCAUCUCAGCCCGAGACAAAGGGAAGGGCCUUUAGGCCCCCGGGUCAUGCUGGGUUACUGUUUCCUACCCAGCUUCAACUCUCACCAAGGAAAAAGUAAAGACAGGACUACAAAAUUAGGCUCAGAGAUGAAGAAUUAGAAAUCACGGCAAAUCUCAAAGUUGACACAUACCCAGACAUCAAAAAUGCUGGAAAACCUACACAGCUGUUCAGCGACCAUGGCAUGUGUCUGUGAUGCCUGGCCCUCGCUGUUGGGCUGUGCACUCCCUGAUCACCCUUCGCAGGAGAACGAGCUCCUGAGCCUGUGUAAGAACAGAAAGCCUCCUCAAUCUUUCCUCCAGCGUGGCUGACCAAACUUGGAAUUACUGAUACUUUAGAAGAGUUUGUUUCAUCUUCACAGCUCAUGCGGGCAGGGACAUUAAGUUUUCAGAACCGUUGUCGAAUGUGGGGCAACCAUGAUUGGGUUUCCUGAGCAGCUGUGUAAGCUGCAGGAUUCCAGGACAUGUCAAGAAUUCCCAGACUAAUCUUUAACCUGCUUCUGCAAACAAGGAACAGCGCAUUCACAAUUGGGCGUGGCUGCCAGGCCAGCGUAUUCCUCCAACAGGAGCAAACUUCCACCCUGAGCAGGCAUGGUUGAGAAGCAAAUCUUCCUGUUUUUGAGUUUAUACAUCCAACAACUGUAAGAAUAUUCUGCACACUAGCUUCUGGCUCUACAUGUUUCAAAUCUUGUCUCUCCUCCAUUGACUCCCAUCAUUCAAGUCACAACAUGGGUGAUCAGCACGGAGGACAGUGUGUAGUCCACACCUCAACUUAGUCUGUUGUGUGACCACCGAACUGCCCUGCCCUGCCCAGAGCGUGUUUCCCCCGCCUAGUCCGGCAUGGAUGGCACCAUCAUGCUUCUGUCAGGCCAAAGCAAUGAAGUCACCUACAGCCCCUCUCGUUCACCCAUGGCCCAUCUGUCAGCAACUCCUAGGGUCGCUACCUUCAGCCUGAGUCCAAACUCUGACUUCUCGGCCCGUCUGGUGCCCUGAGCUCUGUGCCACCACCAUCUACCUACCGCCUGGAUUAUCAAGUAGCCUCCUGGGCCUCCCGUCGCCUCCCUUGCAGGCUGUUCUCCUUUACAACCCACACCUCCAAUCCUGGGUGUUCCCCAUCUCAGAUAAGAGCCCCCAGACCCUGUACUUCUUAUCUCCCCCACCCAUUUUGUAUCACACAUUUAUUCCCUGCUUUUGUCCCCUUGCCCACCACAACAGACAGUAUUUUUGGUCCUGACUGUAUCCCUAGCACCUGGAUUGGUGCCAAGCACAUUCCAGCUGUUCAGUGAGAGCCCCCACAGCCAGGGCUCUGGGCUGGAAGGGCCCCAUACAUACAAGGUGUGCACCAAGAGCUUCUACCUUUAGGAACUGUGUCCUGGCGACUUGCCCUUUCCUUUGGGCAUUGUGUCACACAGAGUAGAACCCCACAUAGAUCCCCUGCCCCUUACCUCUUCCUGCUGUCUAGCGGGCCUGGGCCUGUGUGGUCCAAAGACCACAGUUCCCCCUACCGUGGGGGUCAGUUCAUUCGCACAUCUGACCCUGUGGCCUCCCUGCUCCCAAAGCCUUCCACAGCCCUGGCCCAUCAAACCCACACUCCUCCCUGCAACAGCUCAGGCUCUUACCAGCCCAGGGAGGAGAACAGUACAGGGUUACCUGACGAAGCUGGGGUGGGAAAGAAGCGCUAGGAACAAAAGGCCCAGCCUGGCCUCCCGGUCUGUGGACCCAACAAGGUGUCACGCAUGAACCCAUUACCCACAGGAGUGAAACUCUGAGUCCUGGGGAGCCUCUCACUUGCGAACAGUUUAAUUGCUCAAACCCGUGAGGCCAGCCCCCCAUAGCCCAGAGGCCGCAUGUGAGCCCCAGUGCCGCAUGCCCCUUUCCAGCCUGGCCCUGUCCCGCAGGUCCUGAGGCAAGCUAUCAGUUUUAUUUUGUCCCAUUUGCCAAAGCCCACCUGUGUCCCCACCCCCUUUGCUCCUGGCUUGCAAUCCAGUCACUGACCGGGAACAAACACCUUUAUAGGUAAACCCAGGAACAGGAUACAGGUCAAGGGAAAUGAAUCUGCUGGGUGUUCUGGGUUACAUGUAACUGGGACAGCACAUGAGCGAGGUCUACACCAGAAGCUCCCGGCUGGCCUGGCCAGAAUUACCCCGAGUUUUCCUCAAGUGCCCAGUGCACAGGAAGUGCUCGAUGAAGUGGGGUAACAUGUCCCAGGGUGUGGUGGUAAUGAAAAGGCCCCGUGGUUUAAAAAAAAAAAAAAAAAAAAAAAGCCCUGUGUCACGUGCCACAAUGCACCAGCACCUGCAUCUUUCACAGCGUCUCUGGCCAAGAAACCCAGACUCCACUCUGCAUCACCGGGGCUCCUGAGCCUCUCGAAGUCCUGACAGUCUGGGAGCGCUGGUCCCUUUCCAUCAUGUUUAAAACUUUAAAAAAUUGCUACAUAUGCAUAUAGUUGUAGGAGUGGUAAACACAUGGCUCAUCACAUUCCCGUCCUCCGUCCCCAGAGAAAACCACUGAACUUAGCUUUGUCCUCUACAUUUACCUCCACAUUUCUAAGUAACAUGCUUCUACUGAGCUCUUGAAUUUUCAGUUUUAUGCAUCAUCUGCUGGAUUCCUACUAUGGUCAAUGAGAACUUCACCCCAUCAUGCUCUGCACAUACGUUCCCAGUCCCCUUAGGAGAGUUCUGUUGUCAGUUUUUGCCAGAGCAACAUGCAUCAUCUGUGUGUUUAUUAUUCCUAUGUAAUCACAGCGGAGUCAUGUAAGGCCUAUGGUUCCUCUUCCUUAGUAUUUCUGUGGCAUUAAUAAACGGUGUAUUUUUACUUGCUUAA